GAAAGAGAGAGUGAGAGAGAGAGUGAGAGUGAGAGAGAGAGAGAGAGAGAGAGAGAGAGAGAGGGAGCUUCAUCAAAGCCAUGGAUAAACCCACACGGACCUUUUCUUGGAAGUACCGCCUUUCCAGCGCACCGAGUGCCUUUAUAUUCGGGGUCUUUCUCGCAUGGGACGUUCUCUCAUCCUUCAGGGUGUUAUAACUCACGUUAUAGACGUCAGUUCUGUCUUGUAAUAGCGACUUCCGGCCAUCACUCCUAAAGGCGGGAAAAAAGUGCGGGCUUUGUGAGGAGAAAAAGUUUAUAAAGUUUGAGAAAUGACAAAAAACAACAGCUGCCACUGGAGGCCGACGGUGAAGCCGGGCGGCGGGAGCCCGGAGAUCAGCGCCUUGAUGUUCGCCACCGGCGUGCUGGGCAACGUGCUGGCGUUAGUCGUGCUGGAGUUCCGGCGACGCCACCGCCGCUGUACCUUGUUCCGCGUCCUCGUGACGGCGCUCGUGGUGACGGACCUGGCUGGCACGUGCAUGAUUAGCCCAUUAGUGCAGGUGGCACACUACCUAAACACCUCGCUGGUGGGCAUGGGGGCCACCGACAGGAAUAGCAGGGGUCCCGUUUGCGAGUACUUCGGGUUCACCAUGACCCUAUUCAGCCUCAGCACGCUAGCGCUCCUGCUAGCCAUGGCACUAGAGCGCUGCAUUGCCAUCUCCUGGCCCUAUGAAUAUGGGCGCCGGGCGAGCGCCCGCUACGGUUUGGCAGCCGUACCCACCAUCUACGCCCUCUCCGUGGCCUUCUGUGCCCUGCCCUUUGCGGGUUUCGGCGACUACGUGCAGUACUGUCCAGGAACGUGGUGCUUCAUCGACAUGAACCCGCAGGCCCGCGAGGACAAAGUGUUCGCCAUCAUUUACGCCACACUCUUGCUGGCCAUGGUGCUCCUGGUGGUGGCUUGCAACUGCCUCGUGGUGUACCAGCUGGUGAUGAUGUACCGCCGGCGGGCCAGGAAACGGGGCUGCGCGGUGGUCCGAGGGAAGGACAGGAGGCACUUCUCCUUGGCUGAGGAGGUGGAGCACCUCAUCCUGCUGGUCAUUAUGACGGUCAUUUUCGUCAUAUGUUCCCUGCCACUCAUGAUCCGUGUGUACAUCAACUCGUCGGCAGAGGAAAGUGAAAAGAGCCACGAGACCGACCUGAUCGCGCUGCGCUUCAUUUCCGUCAACUCCAUCAUCGACCCCUGGGUGUUCAUCAUCCUGAGCCCGUCCGUGCUGCGCUUUCUCUGGGGGACGCUCUGCAAGGCCAGCAACCGGAGCACAUCCUACAGGACAUCUCUGGCCAAAAGCUCAGGCAGGGCGUUGGAGCUGUGCCAGAAUAACGCAAUUACCACGGAAAUCAUCAACCUUAACAAGUCUGCGCAGAUGAUAUGACCUGUGACCACCUGGAUGGCCUGUCCAGAUGGAGGACAUGCAAAAAAAAAAAAAAAAAAAAACCCAAACAUUCUCUCCCAGCGCUGAGCCAAACCGUGGGCUUAGCCUUGGAGUCACUCCCACAUGCUCCGGCAUGCUGAAUUAAGAUGUCCUCAGUAUGGCUGGGAGGGGGAUUUGGUGUGUUUGGUUUUUGGAAAGGCUAAUUUAGAAUCCCCCCAGAGUCAGCACAUUUUGAUUGGCAAGGAGAUAUGAAGUCUGUGGGGAGAGAACGUGGUCAAAAGAUGUUUUCGAUGUGCUUUUGAACCACUAGAGUCACUGUUUUUAAGAGCAAGAGCACAACAGCAUCUGACAGACUUCUAAAAAAACCUCUAAAGAACUUGAAGAAUGUUCUAGGGGGAUGUUUAAUGGAUGUCCAUUCGAGAAAGGCCUACAAAUCUCUACCUCCGAGAAACACUUGUGACAUGGAGUUUCAGCUGGGGUGCACGAUCGGAAUCGGCUGACAUCCCGACGUAUGAUCGCACUCAUUCUCUCAUUUGUAUGAGUUGCGGUUUUUAUGACAUAAACAAGGCAUUCAGAUACAUGCAGUCUCCAUAGAAAAGCACUGACCAAUAGAUUGGGACGCUCUGGAGGAGCCUCACAUGAUCCAAAAGUCAUGUUCAAUCCCAAGUGUGGGCUAGAGGGGUAUAAACCCCCCCCAUCCCCACCCCCACCAACACUGGGCUGUGGAGCAGUGGAGCUGCGUUCUCUUUUUUUGAAUACUUUAUUUUAGCUUAUUUUGGUUGUAUAAUCAGUUCAAACUAACAAAAAGAGUGUACAUAUCAGACAAUCUAACCCAACCCCCUCCUAUCAAGCACAUUAAAAAAAAUAAAUAAAUAAAAAUAAUAAUACCAACAGAAUGAUAUGAUAAUAAUAGUAAAAAUAACAACAACAGUGACAGUAGCAUGUACAAUAGCAGCAUUGAAGAAGAGAAAGAGGAAAAAAAAAAAAAAGGGUCUUACAUUUUCCUACAUUUACUUACAUUUGUGGUCUUACAUUUACUUAAAAUAACUGAUUAUUAGAUUCCAAAUAUGGUUAAUGUACUUCUGUGCACUUGGUCGACGGCUACAUAAAUGCUCCAUAGAGGCAAAAUUGAGCAUCUCAGCUAGCCAAUGUUUGAACGAUGGAGCUGAAGGCGAUUUCCAAUUUAAAAGGAGCAGCUUCUUGGCCACAAUCAUAGCAGCCAUCACCACCUGUUGUAUCUUGUAAGGGAAGGUGGAUGAUAAUGCAGAACACCCGCAUAUUACGAUUAUGGGAUCAAAGUCUAAUUUUAUUUCAAGGAUUUUGGAAAGCCAAUCAAAAAUUCUUGACCAAAAGGUCUGCAACACAGGGCAGGUUAUAAACAUAUGAGUCAAAGAGCCCUCCUCAAUUUUGCAUCUUUCACAGAGAGGUGAGAUGGAUUCAAAAAUCUUAUGUAAUUUGGUCCUGGAGUAAUGCAGCCGGUGAAGCACUUUAAACUGAAUCAGCCUGUAUCGAGAAUUUACAGAGCAGCAUAAUACCCGAGACAGGCUCUCCACCCACACCUCUUCUGUAAUUUCGCUACCAAUCUCUCUCGCCCAGGCCUCUCUAAAUUUAGUUGUGUCUGGAGUAGAUCUCAAAACUGUGAUAAAAUGUGAAAUCAAUUGUUUAGAUGUGGGGUCUGUGUGUAAAAAACCAAAUAAUGUGUGAUCGCUUGGCUUUGAUUCAAAAUGAGAAAUAUUUUGUCUUACGUAAUGCCGAAGCUGUAAAUAACGGAAAAAAUGUAUAUGCGAAAGGUUAAAUUUAUCUUUGAAUUGAUUAAAUGAAAUAAAGGUCCCAUCUACAUACAAGUCCUCUAUAGUUCUUAGUCCUUUGCUUUCGAAAACAGAAAAGGCUUUAUCCAUCUUAGCAGGUAGAAAGAAAUGGUUACACAUAAUUGGGGUAUAGACUGAAGUUAGUGGUGCAUUAGUGAAGCGUUUGAUCUGGUUUAAGAUCUUAAGUGAGUUUUUAAUAAUGAAAUUGUUAUUUAUUAAAGUAUUGCUAGGUGACACCUUAGAAAACAGAAAGACCGGUAAGGAUGUCUUUGUAACUGAUCCGGCCUCAUAUUUAACCCACAGUGGUGUAGAAUUCAAAAUGAGUCCCUCACGUGAUCCCAGUUGCCAAAAGGAAAUUGCUCUGGCGUUUGCAGCCCAGUAAUAGUGUUUAAAGUUGGGCAGGCCUAGUCCACCAUCGACUGAAGCUUUCUGUAGAUGCAUUUUGGAAAUACGUGGGGUCUUCUGAGCCCAGACAAAGGAUGAGACAAUUGCAUCCAGUUGUUGAAAAAAAGAGUUUGGGAGGAAAAUAGGAAGAUUUUGAAAAAUAUAUAAAAUUCUUGGGAGUGUAAUCAUUUUAACUGCAUUUAUUCUACCAAUCAAAGACAAGGGGAGCAAUUUCCACCUUUCAACGUCUGUUCUUAACUUUUCUAACGCAGCUUGAAAGUUUAACCUAAAUAUUGUUUUUGGAUCCCAGGAAAUCUGAAGCCCAAGAUAAGUUAAAUGUUCCCUGGCCACCUUAAAGGGAAAGGAGGCCAAAAGAUUUGGAUCAAAAUUUUGAGAGAGUGGCAUCAAUUCGCUUUUAUUCCAGUUAAUUGUGUAUCCUGACAGCUGACCAAAUAGUUUUAGAUAUUCCAGGAGAGAGGGGAUAGAAGAUACAGGAUCUGAGAUGCACAGAAGCAGAUCAUCUGCAUAAAGAAUGACUAGAGCCUCCAGAUCUCCCAUUUUAAUACCACGAAUGUCUGGAUGUUUCCGUAUUCCCACUGCAAGAGGCUCUAAUGCAAUAUUGAAAAGAAGUGGGGAGAGGGGAUCCCCUUGUCGAACACCACGCUGAAGUGAAAAAGGAGUUGAACGGUCAGCAUUGGUUAAAAUGGAAGAUGAUGGAUGCAAAUAUAUGGCCUUAACCAAAUCAAUAAAAAAGUCCCCAAAUCCAAAUUUCCUCAAUGCAUAAAGCAUAUAGGGCCAUUCCACUUGGUCAAAGGCUUUUUGUGCAUCAAGUGAAACAACAGCCGCAGUGGAAUUGCUUUUUUGUGCCACACGCAUGGCAUUAAGAAGCAAACGCACAUUACAAAAGGAAAAUCUACCAGGAAUAAACCCUGUCUGAUCAGGGUGAAUGAUCUCUGAUAUGUGUUUAGCUAAUCGAUUGGCCAUUAUCUUAGAUAUUAUUUUUUGAUCAAAAUUGAGCAGGGCAAUGGGUCUAUAUGAGGCGGGGUCUGUAUCAUCCUUCCCCCUUUUCAGCAAAAGACAUAUGUUGGCAUGAUAUAAGGAAUCAGGGAAUUGUUUGUUUACAAUAGAUUCGUCAUACAUUCUCCGCAGAAACGGGCAGAGCUUGGAAGAAAAAAAUUUAUAGAAUUCACAGCCAAAACCAUCUGGCCCAGCUGCUUUACCAGAAGGAAAGCUUUUAAUGGCCUCAAGGAUCUCAGACUGAGUAACAGGGGAAUCCAGUGACUCUCUAGCUGAGUCAGAUAGUCUCGGCAAGGCAAGAUCUUUAAAGAAAGAGUCCAGUUCAGAUUCUGAAGCCGAGAAUUUGGCAGAGUACAAUUCUGUGUAAAAAUCUCUAAAUCUAUUGUUGAUCUCCUUAUGAUCCGUAAUUAAAUCCCCUGAUCUUGACUGAAUCCUAUGAAUGGCUUGUUUCGCACGAAUUCCUCUAAGCUGCCUUGCCAAAAGUCCCUCUGGUUUGUCUCCCAACUCAAAUUGUUUCCUCUUAAGUUUAAGUAAAAGGUGCUCAACUCUCUGUCUGAGAAUAGUAUUAUAUUCAUACCUAAGUUGUAAAAUUUUAUUAUAAUCUGAAAUUGAAAGGGAAGACUUAUAUUUCUGUUCUGUUAUUUUUAGCAUAUUCUCAAUUUCAACAAGUCUCCGAUUCAUUUCUUUUUUCUUUGAGGAUUCGAAUGCCAAAAUAUAGCCACGGACAACAACUUUGAGCGUUUCCCAGAGAGUGGAGUCUGAUACAUCUGCUGUGUCGUUAAAUUCUGCGAAUUCUGCGAACUUUACCUUCAUAUAAUUGACAAAGGCAGGAUCUGAUAAAAGAUUAGAAUUAAACUGCCAUGCAUACGCUGGUUUGGAGACAAUGUUCUGAAGCUCACAUGUAAUUGGGCUGUGAUCGGAUAUUAAUAUAUUAUGAUAUUUAACAUUGCAAACUUUGGAUACCAACUCAGAAGACACAAGGAAGUAAUCAAUCCUUGUAUAAGACUUAUGUACAUGUGAGUAAUAUGAAUAGUCCCUGCCAGUUGGAUGACAUAGCCUCCAGAUAUCCACCAUGUUCCCUGCUUUGAGUAGAUUAUUAAGAGUUUGUACUGUGGCCAACGUGGGUGGAGUCUUAGUAGAGAGUCUAUCCAGAUAUGGAUCUAAAUAGCAGUUGAAAUCACCUCCCAUAAUAAUAUUCUCACUCAAGGCAAGUG